AUGUCUCCAGAGGUAACAAAUUUGGAGCUUGUAUCUAAAUGUUCGGUGCGUGGUGCUGCGGUUUAUCGAUUAUCGCGCCAUCGAGGAAGAUUCGUGCUAUUGGGGAAUUGCUGUCGUAAAAUUUUUAUAUUCAAGAAUGAAACAUGCGAGAAGCGUUUAACAUCGGAUAAGAUAUUGUUAGAUCUUGAAAUAACAGAUAUAAAACCCGAGUUUACUACGGCAGUAUCUGCCUCCUGCCAUGACGACGGGAACUCGAACAAGAGCCAGGUAACGCUGCGCGACGUCGACUUCGCCCUCUCGGGUACGUUCAGCUGCGAAGUUACAGCGGACGCGCCGACUUUCUCCACGGCCUACGUCUCCAAGAAUCUCACGGUAGUGUGUAAGUACACGCUUCAUGACAUUACGGAGUAUCGCGGCCAACUCGACGCAUUCAACGUGCUCGUGUGCCUACCCACCCAGCGACCACGCUCGCUGCUCGCUACGCUCCUCUCCCUCCCCGAUGCACGCGACUCGCGCGUGUGCCGCAUCGUAAGUCACCGUGCUCAACCCCUACAGCUAGAGCUUGUUUCA